AGCACAAUCACAAACCCUAAGGCUGACAAUUUAGGGAACAGUGGGAACCACACCUCCUUGGAUUAGAUUAGAUUCUCUCUUUUUCUCUCCUUCUUUUCUUCUUCAAUCAACAACCGCCUCCCUCCUCAAUUUCCUAGAAGUUUCAGAGCUUGACCAAACUCCAAAUUCCUUCUCCUUAUUCCUCUUCUUCUGCGAUCUUUGUGUUCUCUUGUUCUGAUUUCAUUUUUCGACUUUCGUCAACGCGUCUGUGAUUUUGAUUUCAGGAGCUUCAAAUUGGUUGAGUGUGUGAUAGCUAGAAGAUUCAGAGAAACCGCGUGGUCUUUGUAGCUAACUGAAUUUGGUUUGUAGAAAAUAGAAGUUUAGCUGCAUAUAUCGUAGUGCAGUUGUUGAAAUUGACUUCAGAAUCACAUCGAGGUCCUGCUAAAUGCUAUUGAAUUUUAUUUAUAGACAGAAAGAAGGGUAAUAAUAAGCUUGCGAAAUCUUGGAGUCAUGCCUGUAUCAGGAAAUGAAGAGACUGGGGUUAAACCCGUUAUCCGGAAAACUAGUGAUUAUGUUGCAGGUGUUCCAAUCAAGAAAAGGAGGUUUCCUAUAAUGAGGCCUCCUUCACCUCCUUCUGAAGAACCAACUUUGUUUCCUAAAACAGAAGAAUCAUCUUCCUUUCCUUCAAAAAAUGAUUCACUACAGAAGGAACAAUCUAGCCCAUCUCAAGGGUCGACUCUUUCAUAUGCUAGCAUAACCAGUUCUGGAUUUUCUGAUACAACAAAGUAUUCUGAAUCUGAUUAUAGAAGAGGAAGGUCUGAUGUUACAAAUGUUAAGGUGGCCCGAGGCAAUGAUAAUCUCUUUAGAGUCAAAGUUGAAGAACCAAGCCCCACAGUUCACUCGGGUUCUUUGGAUGACAUGCAGAGGAAAGGGAAGCCUGUGUUGGCUGAUAAUCCGGCUUCUCAGGUGACCUUAGGGAAAAGUGAGUUGACUUUAGCACCAAAUGAAGCUCAUGCGCGUAAUUUGGGGAAGGAGAUUAUGCAUAGCAAAAGUAAAGUAGAAAUGAAGUGUAAAGAAGAAAUUCCUGCUGUUGCUGAGAGUACUGAAUUAUCAUUAGGUUUAAAGGAAAAUCUUGUUCCAGCUUUGACAGGCCAAAACAGUGGCGGUGAUGGGAGUCAGCGGAGUCAGGAUAACUUGCCUAUUUCACUGAAUUUGUCUUUAAGCGAAGAAAAAAACAGCAGCCAGUGCAAAGGAAAUGGUGAAGAUUUGAAUCUUGAUGGGGCUGACAAGCGUGCAUGGCGGGCAAACUGGGAUUUGAAUACACCAAUGGAUGCAUGGACAGAUUCUGUGAGUGAUGCUUCUGAAUGUGUUGACGGAAUCAAUGCAACGGGUGGGGCAGGUGAUGCAAAGCAGUUGAUUGGUUCAACUGGAAUGGUUGGAGCCGGUGUCAAUUCAGAAAAACAGACCGUUGUUGAUAGUCAGAACAGAACUAAUAUCACCGUCUCAUCCGCACUUGCUAGCCAGCAGUGUAAUUCCAAUGACACCCUUCUUUUACGGCUUAGUUCAUCUUGCUCACAGUUGAAUCAGUGUCAAAACACUUCUAGUGCAUGCAGUAAAUUGGAUUUGGACAUGGACAGGGUGAUUUCUUCUACAAACUCGCCUAGAUUGGCUGGGCCAGUUAGAACACUGAACACAGGUAAUCGUAGAACUGUAAAAUCAGAACCAUUUGAUGAGAGUGUCAAACUGGAUGUUAACAUAGCUAAAUCCACUAGUACGGGAUUUUUAGAUAGUAAUAGAGCAGGGAAACGUGCAGUUGUUGAGCAGUGCACUCUUGGAGCCGUUAAGUCUUCAAAUAUGAGCACCCAAAAGUUGGUUGAUCCUAGAUCCAUAAAAUCUGAACCAAGUAUUGUGGAUAAUCAAGAAACCAUAAAUUCCAUUGAAGGGACAUCAGUUCAUCUGGAUAAGCAUGUGACACAAGGUCUGGAUAAUUGUUCUAGUGACAUGACGUUGCCUAUGACUGCAGAGAUGUCUUGCCUUUCUGGAAAGCCUUUGUGUUUAACAGAGUCCACAGGGAAGCCUUCUUGUUCAACAGAGUUGACUAUGAGUAGGGAUUUGACAAAGCAUACAGGAAGCUUGAAUGCAAAGGCACCUCAGGAAGCUUGUCAAAGCAAAGAGCAAAUUGCUGUAACUCUGGGUCUUGACACUAAGGGAAACAGUAUGAGAACUGAAGAUGAUAAUGUUGACCGCGGUUAUAAAUUGAAGUUCAUGAAUGAUCACCCCCUUGAUUCACGUGGAAGUGGUGAGGAUUCUUCCAGUGAUGAGGAAAAGAUAAAUAUCUCAGCAGAUAUGUUGGAAGAUUCUUAUGGUUCUGAUUAUGAAUCAGAUGGUAAUCAUGCUUUGGAUACAGCUAUUGAUACAGAACAAGAUGCUAAAGAUGAUGAUUAUGAAGACGGUGAGGUUCGAGAUUCAAUUGAGCAGACUGCGGUAGAGGAACUCAUAUGCAACGCAAGAGAAGCGGAACAUGUUGAUAAUGGUGAUUUUGAUAAUAACCAGACGGAUUUUGUGGGACCUGUUAACAAUGCUCAUCCUACUUCAUUUUAUAUUGAGGCUAAAGACAACAAAACAGAUCAGCUUGCUGAAACAAGUAACAGUGAUUAUAAAGAAUCUUUUGAUGUAGUUCUUAAUGAUAAAUCUGAUAAGGGCUCUGAUAAAGAUGUGUGUUUGCAAGAAACAUUGGCUGUUGAAAAGCUAACCAGAGGAGCUGGUGUGAAAGGGUCCAUAAAGGAUGUGGGAACAGAACCACUUGAUCAAUCAGGGAAUGAGGAUGCCCAGAAAUGUCAGGAUGGAGAGUUCUCCGAGCAAGUCACUAAUGAAAGCCAAGGAUAUGAUCAUGGUACAGAGCUGGAUGUUAAUAAAACUGACCUGGCACCAUUGAGUGAUUCAAAUUUGUCCAAAACAUCUGGUAGUGGUGAUAAUGCUGCUAAGGAUACCACUAAUGGAGGACAACGGAGCAGGAUCAUAACUUUGCCUCGAUCUUCAACUGUUUCUCCUAGUAAAUCAAGAUCUAUUUCAGGACUACCAUUGCCAUCAAGAGUAGUUGGAAGAGAAAUAUUACCUGAUGUAACACCGGAGGAAGAUAAAAUACAUCCUAGAGGGAGAGGUGAACUGUAUGUUGAUAAUGCCCACAGAUUUUCAAGGGAGCGAUACCAAGAUCAAUCACUGAGAUAUGCUAGAUUGGGUUUUAGACGUGGUAGAGGGAGGAUGAAUAGUCGCGGUGAUUGGGGUUCUGAUCGUAACUUUGCUUCGGAGAUUUAUAAUAAUCAAACAAACUAUCGUGUACCCAGACAUAAAUAUGCACCUGAUGUUUCUGAUGCUGACCUUGAAUAUAACACUUAUAAUAUGGGUUCAGAUAGUGCAUAUGUUAGUACAGGUCGUGGAGGGAGGCAGAUUCAAAAUGAUGGACCAAUCAACCACCGUAUACCCUCAAGGAGGCGAUCUCCUGUUGGAACACAUGCCAUUCACAUGGCUCGCAGAAAUCCAAGAAAUAUUAGCCCAACUAGAUGCAUUGGUGAAGAUGCUUCAAAUUUGGUUGGAAUGAGGCAUAAUGAGAAGUUUAUGAGGAGUUUUCCUGAUGAUAAUGCAGAUCCCAUGUUCACUCGUACCCAGUCUUCGUAUGAGGGAAUAGAUGGUCAAUUUGGACGAGGAAAUCGGAACUUUUCUUUUGUCCAAAGAAGAGGGGUUCCUCGAGUUCGCUCAAAAUCACCAAUAAGGUCCAGGACUCGUUCUCCCGGUCCAUGGUCUUCUCCUAGAAGAAGAUCCCCAGAUGGGUUUGGUGGGCCUGGAGAAUUGACUCAUCGAAGAUCUCCACCAGUUUACAGGAUGGAGAGGUUUAGAUCCCCUGAUGGCCCAUGUUUUCCUGGUGAGAUGGUUGUUAGAAGGAAUCCGCCCAAUGAUUUGAGGGAUAUGGAUUCUGGAAGGGACCAUGGUCCUCCAAGGUCUGUCAUUCCUAAUAGAAGUCCUUCUGGCCGGGUUUUACUCAGAAACAGGAGAUUUGAUGUCAUGGAUCCUCGAGAAAGGCCAAACAAUGAUGACUACUUUGGGGGGCCUAUGCAUUCUGGUCGAUUGCACGAGCUUGGUGCUGAUGGAAAUGGUGAUGAGAGACGAAGGUUUGGUGAGAGACGUGGACCUGUCCGUUCAUUUAGGCCUCCUUAUAAUGGUGCUGAUGGCGAGACAUUUCAUCUUAAUGCAAAGGAUGGCCCUAGGCCUUUGAGGUUCUGCCCAGAUGAUAAUACUGAGUUUCAAGAAAGAGGGAAUUUGAGGGAAAGGGACUUUGACAGAAGGAUUAAGAAUCGGCCAGGAAAUGCACCUAGAAGAAUGAGAGGCAUUGAGGACCAAGACGGAAAUUACAGGCAUGGUGGGCAGGCUUGGCACGAUGGUGGGUUUGAUGAUAUGUCACGGGUGAAGAGAAAAAGGUUUUGAAUUUGGUUCUGCCAUGACCUUGAAUUUGGGAUUGGUUGUUCCUGCGAAGAAGGUGGACCAGGACACAGAUUAGUCACUUUACAGGUUAGUCUGGGACAUUCUAUUGGCUUUAAAGGCAAGUGGCCGUUCUGUGUGUGUCUAAUGUUCUGAGGGCCUUUUUCCGGUUCCAAGUUUGGCUUAUGAUUCUAUGUGGUCUUGGGACUGGUAUCUGCCCUGUAAGUAGCUUGCAUCUGGUACUAUGGUGGUUAGUUCUUCAUGAGGCUCAUAUUUGCCUGAAUUUCAUUAGCAAGUUUUGUACUGUCAUAGGUCUUGGUUGUACAUCAUAUCUCUUAAGGCCAUUCUCUUUGAGUUGAGGCAUUUAAAUGCUUAUACAGAGAUUCUCCUUAAGUUUCUGAGUUACGUUUCUGCAUUGGUUUGAUACUUGGUGAGGCAGGGCAGGUACCCUACAAGGAACUGUCAUGACUUUUAACUAGUAUUUAGGCCAUAAAGCUCCACUAGUAACUAUGUUGCCUAUUGCACUCCUUCAUGUCCAUCUUCCCAUCGCAUGAACAAUUACUCUAAUGUCAUGCUCGGAUAUACUUAACCUCAGAUGAGAAGCCUGUUGAUACAGUUUGUUCCCUGGUGCUGAAAAUUUUCAUGAGGCCUUAUUAUGCGAUCUGCCGUGAUUGGCAGAGAAGUUCGGGGCUUGUACAUGGUUUUAGUAUAGAGCAUCAUAUUGUUGGGAGGUUGUAAUGAUAUGCAGAAAUGCUGGAGACUGAAUGUGUAGGAGAAGUUUGUUCUAUUAGUUCUUAUGUGCAAAGUCGGCAAGUUCUGGAUCUGCUGUUAAGCUUUUUAGUGGUUUAGCUCUUGGACUUUUACCUCAUAAAAUGUUUAUGGAGUCUUACAGAAGUUCAUGGGUGAAUAAUGCUGUUCUGGAGUAUAUUUUCUGAUGUGUUCUUUAUUUUCUUGAAUUGGGUAACUGACAUGCUAUAGUUGUAGUAGGAAAUUUAGAAAGAUGAUAUAUUAAUGGUCUACUUUCUUUACGUACUUCCUGGAGUUCCUGAUGCGGGUGUGAGGUCUUUGUGCAAUUUCUUCUGCAGAAUCAAAACCCUGAUGCAUUACUGGUUUUACAUUGUAAAUGAGCAAUAUCCUCCGGAAAAUCAGCUACAUAAUUGGUUACACUGAUGAAGACAGUUCUCCCAUGGCAUUUGCUAACAUUUGAUUGCACUGAGAAAAAUUGGGUUGCUUUUGACUUUGAACUUCUUGGAUCUAUUUUUAGAGUAGGUUGCACAGAUGAAGUUGUUAGGGAGUUUCAAGACAAGUGCAUAGUGAUUGAUGAAGCUAAGUACUGAAACAUUGCUUUUGGUUGGGAUGGUGUUGAUGCUGAGCUAGAAUUUUGCUUCUUAUGGUGUUUGGUUUGUGCUACUUUCCUGAUUUGGUCAGCAACAGGGUUGAAGUUGGAUCCUGUUUACCUGUAAAAUAACUGCCCUCUGCCUCCAAAUUUAACCAUAAUAAUAACAAUAAUUAAGAUUUGGUCCAUAA